AUGUUCAUCUUUUUCGGUGUGCAGACGCACGAAACGUGUUCGAUGAGCUGCGCAACGAGGACUCUGAUUCUCCUCUUGCAUUUGGUGAUUUGGGGCAGCGCGAUUCUUGCGUUGACGUGCCUCUUUGCUCUCCGCGCCGAGGAUCGAGCCAAAGUCCGGGCGGCGUUUUACGAUGUUAUAUCAAGAUCCGUCAACCAGUGGUGUAAGUACGGUCUGAAGGUUGGAAUGGUCAUCGCCACACUCAUCUCCAUCGAUUGCUUGAUGAAAUAUAGAGAUGGCUACUACCAUACAAAACAA